CUGCCACGUGGCAACCCCGACAGUCUUGGACUAUGGGCCCUAGACUCCUCGUUUUCGGCGUCCAACUAUUCACCUAUAAACCCUUACUUCCCCCGCUCUCUCCGAUCUCCAAUUUCGCCGUCGUUUAAUCCGGCGAAUUUAAUUUAUUUAAUUUAAUCUGAUUUUAUCAUAUAUCCGUUAGACGAAAAGAAAUUCGCAGAUCGGUUGGAAUUCUCGUGUCAGAUGAAUUAAUGUCCGCCUGAUCUUCCCUGUGACCGACAUUAUAUUAUUCUCUCCGUCUGGAUUUCUGUUGGGGUUUUGUGAUUGGGAUGCGAGGCGCUUUGAGAGGGUCUAAGCUGUUGCAUUGUCGGUCUUGUUGAUUGAUUAGCUGGAUUUAUCCACAAAGUUUCAGCUUUCUUGCCGAAUUCCGAUAUGUCAGGCCCGCUGGAUCGUUUCGCGAGGCCUUGCUUUGAGGGUUUCUCUGGUAGUGAUGAAAGGAAAGAAAGAAAAUCUGACUUUGAGAACUCAGAGGACGAGAGGCGAACAAGGAUUGGAUCUUUGAAAAAGAAGGCAAUAAAUGCGUCUACUAAAUUCAAGCAUUCUCUCAAGAAGAAGAGCAGCAGAAGAAAAAGUGAUGGCCGAGUGAGCUCUGUUUCAAUUGAGGAUAUUCGUGAUAUUGAGGAGCUGCAGGCGGUUGAUGCAUUCCGACGGACAUUGCUUAUGGAUGAGCUACUGCUAGAAAGACAUGAUGAUUAUCAUAUGAUGUUGAGGUUCUUGAAGGCGAGAAAGUUUGAUAUUGAGAAAGCUAAGCACAUGUGGGCUGACAUGCUUCAAUGGAGGAAGGAGUUUGGCACUGACACUAUUGAGGAGGAUUUUGAGUUCCAAGAGAAGAUUGAAGUUGUAAAGCAUUACCCACAUGGUUACCAUGGCGUGGAUAAGGAGGGAAGGCCUAUUUACAUUGAAAGACUCGGGAAAGUUGAUCCAAACAAGCUUAUGCAUGUUACGACAAUGGAUCGAUAUAUUAAAUACCAUGUGCAGGAGUUUGAGAGGGCAAUGGCUGUGAAGUUUCCGGCUUGUACCAUUGCUGCAAAGAGGCAUAUUGACUCAAGCACAACAAUUUUAGAUGUUCAAGGCGUGGGCUUAAAGAACUUGACUAAGUCUGCACGGGAACUUAUCAUGCGGCUACAGAAAAUAGAUGGUGAUAAUUACCCUGAGACUCUCUUUCAGAUGUUCAUCAUCAAUGCUGGUCCUGGAUUUAGGCUUCUCUGGAAUACCAUAAAGACUUUUCUAGAUCCCAAAACAACUUCCAAGAUUCAUGUUCUUGGUAACAAGUACCAUAGCAAAUUGCUUGAGAUUAUUGAUGCUAGUGAGUUGCCAGAAUUUCUAGGCGGUACUUGUACCUGUGCUGAUCAGGGAGGUUGCCUUCAGUCUGAUAAAGGGCCUUGGAAAAAUCCAGAAAUAUUGAAGAUGGUAUUACAUGGUGGAGCACGACGUGCUAGGCAGGUUGUAAAAGUUCUAAACAGUGAGGGGAAGGUUGUUGCUUAUGCCAAGCCACAGUAUCCAAAGCAGUUAAAAGGUAGUGAUACCUCCACUGCUGAGUCAGGAUCCGAAGCAGAAGAUAUUGCUUCUCCAAAAGCAAUGAGGAGUUAUUCACAUCUUCGGUUGACUCCUGUUCGUGAAGAGGCUAAGGUAGUUGGAAAGGCAAGCUAUGCUGGUAGUUUCUCAGGCUAUGAUGAAUAUGUCCCAAUGGUUGACAAACCGGUUGACGCUGGUUGGAAAAAGCAGGCACCCAUCCAGAGGACCUCUACCUCCAAAGGGAUAGUUUUCCCACAAGAUACUCAAAAGACUCCAGAAGGAAUUCGUGCUCGGAUUGCUAUAGCACUAAUGGCCUUCUUCAUGAUGCUUCUGACUUUCUUCCGCACAGUGUCAUUCCGUGUCACUAAGAAGCUUCCAGGAACGUCUUCAGCUCAUGAACAAACUAUUCCUGGACCUGCCUCUGAUACAACACAGGAGGAAUUCCGCCCCCCUUCACCAACUCCAGGAUUUUCAGAGGCCGAACUCCUUUCCAAUGUGCUGAAAAGGUUUGCUGAACUAGAGGAGAAAGUUGAUGUACUUCAAGCAAAGCCAUCAGAGAUGCCUUGCGAGAAGGAGGAGUUGCUUAAUGCUGCUAUUUGCCGUGUUGAUGGUCUGGAAGCAGAGCUGAUUGCUACUAAAAAGGCACUAUAUGAGGCUUUAAUGAGGCAAGAAGAGCUGCUUGCUUACAUAGACAGUCAAGAACAAGCCAAAUUCCGGAAAAAGAAGUUUUGCUGGUAGAUGUUUGCUCAGUGGAGAGAGACGGCCAAGACUAAUUGGCUUGAAACUGGAAUGCCAUUGCAUCCCCGAGAGCCCGGCAUACGAUCACUUGUUGAUCUUGUCAUUGAACAUCUACUAUUUCAAACAACAUAAUUUCCUGCAGAUUGUGAGGGAUUUGAAAUCUUAAUGCAAGGAGUUGUUUGUUGAAAAUACGUGUAUGGUUUCAGUUUAAUACUGCGUUUGUAAUUACUUUAACUGAUGAGUUCUAUUGGGAAUUUAGAGACCUUCAUGUGAUCAUAUUAAACUACCUUGAGAUGCUGUUGUGGUUUCUUUGCAAUGCUGAAGCUUGAAUAAUGUUCAGGUAGAGGCAAUAGAGAUGAAUAAACUAUUGU